AUGCUUGGAACAUGCCUGGAGCAAUCUCACACUGAAUUCGAAGCAUCUGCUGGUGCGCUGGACGCGGUUUCCAGGCCACUGCGUGCUGCUGCUGCUGCUGCUGCUGCUGCUGCUGCUGCUGCUGCUGCUCCAGUGGCUGUUGCUGACAGCCUCUGCCACUGUCUGCCUCUGCCUCCCUUCUACUUCCCUGCUCUCUACCCCUUUCCCCAUUUGGCAACCUUUUUCACACCGUCUCUCAGUUCUCCUCCACGCUCCUCUCUCACGCUUUCCCCCUCACUCACACCUCGCCCUCUCCCUCACGCCCCCCCCCGUCUGCAUGAAUCUGUUCUCACAGGGAUGCCACCAGGGCAUUCGUCUCAGGCAAUUUCUCAGGUAUGCGACGGCUUAACGGACGACCUGACGGGCCUGUCAGGGGAGCAGUGCAUCGGCAUCGCUGACUGGCGGGACUUCUACUUCAAAACUUACAUCCACGUGGGGAAGCAGGUGGGGCGGUUUUACGACGAGCAGGGGAAGCGAAGAGAUGCGCUGGGCGAGUUUGACGAGCUGCUGAAGGAGGGCAAGCGGCUGAGGGACGUGGCCAAGGCUCUCAGCAUUCACCCUUUCUCCUCCUUGCCCUUCCUUGCCUCUCUCCACUCGCAGCCACGUGGGGAAGCUGACGUCUCAUUGGCCAAGGCAGCGGAGAAGAAACACCCCAGGUGCAACUCGCGAUGGGCGCAGAAUGAGGGUGGCAAGAAUGCCAAGGAGGUGGAGAAGAAGUGCCCUGGAUGCAACUCGCGGUGGGCUCAGAACGAAGGCGGCAAGGUACAGCCUCCUCUCUUCGCUUCUUCCCCUCCCCACUCUCCCCACCCCCUUCCCCAUUCACCCAUCCCCACUUCCCCACCCCCUUGGCCGCUUCAUCUGACUCCACGCCACACCAGGUUCGAGCAACCACGCUUCCACCUGACUACCACACUCCCCGACCCACCCACUUCUCCUCUCCGCUCCCUGGCCCCACCUCACGCCCAACCCCAUUCUCCCCCCCUCUCCAUCAUCGAUAUCCCUUCAUUCCAGCUGCUUGGGGUGCCCCGUAAGAUCCCCCGAAUCUCAGAGACGGAGAGCGGCCCGGUGGGGGGCAGUGAGGACAUGCGCUGUGCGUGCUCUAACCUCCUCAUUCUUUCCUCGCCCCUGUCAUCCCCUCCAUCUCUCUUUCCCUCUCUUUCCCAGGUGUGGUGUGACAGUGGGGUUCCCAGGAAGAUCCCCCGAAUCCCAGAGGCGGAGAGCGGCCCGGUGGGGGGCAGUGAGGACAUGCGCUGUGCGUGCUCUAACCUCCUCAUUCUUUCCUCGCCCCCGUCAUCCCCUCCAUCUCUCUUUCCCUCUCUCUCCCAGGUGUGGUGUGACAGUGGGGUUCCCAGGAAGAUCCCCCGAAUCCCAGAGGCUGAGGGAGGGCCAGUGGGGGGCAGUGAGGACAGUCGCUGUCCGUGCUUCACCAAGGAGCAGCUCACCUCGCGCUCUGACCUGCAGCUGUAUGAUGGCGGGGUUCCUCGUAAAAUUCCCCGAAUCCCCGAGGCAGAAGGGGGGCCAGUGGGGGGCAGUGAGGACACGCGCUGUGCGUGCUUCACUAAAGAGCAGCUCGCCUCGCGCUCAGACCUGCAGGAGUACGAUGGGUGCGACCCUGACGCCACCAAGUGCGUGUCCUCCCCUCCUGAAGACCCCAACACUGCGUCCCUGGGGGAUGGGAGCGAGGAUGAGGAGCAGUGA